AAGGAUGAUUCCCAGAGACUUCUGGAGAGCUUCAACACUGAUCAAAAAGAGCACACACUCACAAAAAGUAAAGCAGAACCCUAUACAUCAAAAGAGGAAAUUCUACUAGAGGAAAGUGAGUCUCCCCUGGACAAUAAUGUCACGGCGUUUGCAUUAAAGGCAAAAGUGGUCUAUCCCAUCAAUCAGAAAUUUAGGCCUUUGGCAGAUGGCUCAUCCAAUCCAUCUUUGCAUGAGAAUUCAAAGCAGGUGGUUCUGCCUAAUCAGGUCAUGGAGACAUCUACAUCAGGCAGCCUAGGAUCCCUGAGCCAGGGAGACAAAGACGACUGCAGUUCCUCCACAACAAUACAUUCCACAACAAGCGAUGACAGGUUUCAGGCUCGAGCCUUCCUCAAGGUGACCAGCUUCCCUGAAGUGCUAAUAUGUGACAGUUUUGAUGUUAAGCUCUGCCUUUGCAGUCUUAUUUUAAAAGAUCUCAUGCUUCUUGAUUCUAAACUCAGAAAAGAAAAACAUGGGAUAUUUAUUCAGGUUCUCAAAAUGUACUUCACAGACUUCUGUCGAAAGAAGAAGAUUACUGAUGAUUUGUUCAAGAAGAUCCUUUUAAGUCAGGAAAAUGAUUUUGAAGAAUUACAGAAACAACUUGACUCUAGACUCCAGAAUACUGAGAUGUCAGGAGCCCAUAAUUCAGAGUACCAGACUCUAGAAGACUUAGAAAGGAAAGAAAGAGAAUAUUCUGAGCACAUUAUAGAUGAUAUGGAAGCUUUCUGGAAGCAGACUGACAAAGCCCAGCAGGCUUUUUUGGACCAAUCAAAAUGCUCAAGUGCCAAAGCAACAAAGAUAAUGAUGGAUCUGACCGAGAAGAUGAUUGCAGUAGAAAGCUUAUUAAGUGAAUCUCAAGAUUUGCAGGCAAUGGACAUUCAGGAAAGGUUAUUCAACUGGGAGCUUAUGGUGAAAAUGGUCAAUUCACUGAAGUCCUAUAUACCAGAAGAGUGCAAGUGUAGAUUAAAUAUUGUAUCAAAUAUUCUGGACCAUUUAACUGUAAAGAAUAAUCUCUCAGUCCGACAAAAGGAAGAACUUUUAACAGAUCUGCACAAGGCCUUCUGGGAACAGCUGGCACAUUUUAGUAAUG